AUGCCGAUGAUUUCCGCAGCGGGCGACACGGCGGGCAGCUGCUGCAGCGCGCCGAUCGCGUACUGCCGCUUGCUCUGGGGAGGCGGGGAAGCUGGUGCGGCGGAAGACGCGGAAGAGGCGGAAGCGUCGGCGGAGGAUGAGGGGGAGGAUGCGGGGAAUGGGGAGGGGAAGGGCGGGAGGGAAGCAGCUAAUUUCGGCGCCAUGCAUGGAGGCGAGGCGUGUAAAGGCGGCAUGGGGGGCAACACGGGUCGUAGCGGCGGGGACACGCGCAUCAGUCGCGGCGUGCACGGCAGUUCUGUGAGUCGCUCGUCGCCGUGCGACCUCCCUUAUGCGACGCUCGACGACGGCGAUGAAGGGGACAACCCCGACGACGCUGAGACGAGCGGGAAGUCGCCCGUCGCCGCUCACGAGUCGCGAAGGGACACGUGA